AUGUUAAUGAAUAAUUAUAAAUCAAGUGAUAUUAAAAUGAAUGAAAGAGUAAUUGGUAAAAUAUCAACCAGUAUAAAUACAACAGAUGGUGAAGGUGUAAAAAUUAAAAGGUCAAUUGGUAGUGGUGAAAUUGGUAUAAGGAAUGAUGAAUUAUCACCUUUUCUACUAUUAGAUGAGAUAAGGUCAAAUGAAUCCUCCGAUUACAUGUCAGGUUUUCCAACACACCCACAUCGUGGUUUCAUUACGGUCACCUACAUGCUAAAGGGUGAAAUGAGACACAACGACAACCGUGGUAAUCAAGGCCUGCUUAAAGAAGGCUCUGCCCAAUUCAUGGUGGCAGGUAGAGGUAUAGUCCAUAGUGAAAUGCCUAUAAGAAAUCACGAAGAUCAAAGCUUUUUCGCAUUUCAGCUUUGGAUUAACCUACCAUCAGCAAAGAAAAUGAUUGACCCUUCCUAUCAGGAUUACCAUUCAACUGAAAUACCAACAAUUGUCUCCAUGGAUGAUACACAUUUCAAUAAUUACACUGUAAAAAUUUUGGCUGGCCAAUUCCAAGACACCAUUGGUCCGAUUGUAGAUGAAAAUUUAAAAACGUUUUUCUUUGAUAUCGAAUUAAAACCGAAUACAAAGUUUACCGAUAUUAUUAUACCCUCAACUCAUAAUACCUUUGUUUAUGUCUACAAUGGUAAUGGCAGAUUCGGUGGUCCUGUCUCUCGUAGUAAACUUGUCAAAAUUAAUCAAGUCGCUUUAUUUUUAAAUAAUGGUGGUGAUGAAAAUUCUUUGGAUACUAUUCAAGUAGAAGCUGGUUCCGAUGGUGUUAAAUUUUUAUUAUUAGCUGCUUUACCAAUUCAUAAUGAAAAAGUAGUACAAUAUGGCCCAUUUGUAAUGAACUCUGAUGCUGAAAUUAAAAAAGCAAUUUUAGAUUUCAGAACAAAUAAUUUUUAA